CCUGCGCGGAGGGCUUUGGGCGGAAGAAGCCAGGCCCUCACGUGGUAGCUCCGGGGUCGGUCCCGGCGUCGCUCCCGCUGUCGCUGUCAGUCCCCUCGAGGUCCCCGUCCGGGACUGACCGCCGGGAGAGCUCCCGACUCGGGGACUGCCCUCCGACCAGUCCGCUGCCCCUCACGGCGGGGCCUGUGUGAGUUCCUCACCUGAGGUGGCCUGCAGGUAAAGUGCCGAAAUGGCAGCUGUUUAUUCUGGCAUUUCUGUGAAACUUAAAAGCAAGGGAACGUCCUGGGAAGAUAAACUAAAACUAGCUCACUUUGCUUGGAUUUCCCACCAGUGUCAUCUUCCAAAUAAAGAACAAGUAUUGCUUGAUUGGGCAAGGCAGUCGCUGGUUGCAUUUUAUAAGAAAAAACUUGAACUGAAGGAAGACAUUGUUGAAAGGCUUUGGCUCUAUGUAGAUAACAUUCUACAUAGCAGAAAACUGCAGAACCUCCUCAAGAAUGGAAAGACAGUUAACCUUCAGAUUUCCCUCAUCAAGAUCAUCAAUGAAAGAAUAGCCGAGUUCUCUCUUUCGGGAUCCCAGAGGAACAUAUGUGCUGUGCUGAGCUGCUGCCAGGGUAUCCUGUCGACACCCGCCCUUGCUGUCAUCUACACGGCCAGGCAGGAGCUGAUAGUUGAGCUGCUGAGCCAGCUCUGCUGGUCGGCCUGUCGGCAGCCAGGAGCCGUAACACCCCAGUUGUUUGAAGUCAUUCACCUGAGCCUCGGCCACUACCUCUCACUUCAGCAGCAGCAGGUCAACCCGAGGCGCGCCUUUGGGGAGUUGACUGGGCACUUGCUCCAGCCCUGCCUGGUCUUGAGACACUUUCUCUCGGGGGGCACAUGGACUCAGACUGGCCAAGGCCAGCUGCGGCCAGUGCUCGGCCGGGACAUUAGGAAUCAGAUUGAGGCCGUGCUUCGCGGUGGAGCUUUUCAGCCCGAGCUGCUCCCUUCGUACAAAGAGGAGCUCUUGGACCAGCAGCAAGGCGACUCAAAGAUGGGGGCCAUGAAGAAUCUCCUAGCUCCCCUGGGCACUAUGAUUGCCAGGCUGGUGGAUGCCGGCUCCUGUGACCCUUCCCUUCAGGCUUUAGUGGUGGCCAACUCCGUGGCCUUGCUGUACAAACUCUUUGUAGAGUCUUACCUCAAGGAGGGGAACCAGCUGCUUUGCUUCAAGGUGCUGCCUCGACUUUUUGGCUGCUUAAGAAUUUCCCACCUGGAGGAGCAGAAGCAAGCCCUGUCCGUGUCCGACUGGACCACAGAACUCCUGGUUGUGGAACAGCUUCUAAACUCAGUGGCCAGUAACACUAUCUACAACAUCGCUGCUGACCGAAUCCGGCAUGGUGAGGCUCAGUUCCACUUCUACCGUCGUCUGGCUGAGCUGCUGCUAAACCACCCACAGGCCCUCGUGCCGGCCUGGUUCCGCUGCCUCAAGGUUUUGCUCUCCCUGAAUCAUAUGAUCCUGGAGCCAGACCUGGAUGACCUGUUGGCUUCAGCAUGGAUCGAUGCAGAAGUCACAGAGUUGCGGACCCAGAAAGCCCAGGAGGCACUGAUCCACAUGCUCUUCCAGACAUAUGCCAAGCUCCGGCAGGUGCCCCGGCUGUUCGAGGAGGUGCUGGGGGUGCUCUGUCGCCCCGCGGCCGAGGCGCUGAGGCUGCCAGUGCUGGCUGCCGGCCCUGCCACGGUGCUCCAAGAGUGCCUCCCGGAGCUGCCCAUGAGCCAGGUCCUGGACACGUGGGCCUGUGUGCAGGAGCGGUUCCAGUCUCUGGUCUUGCCUGGCUUGCAGGGUGACGAGGACAUGGCCCUGAAGUCCCUGUCGCUGAGCUCGCUGCUGUACUGUGUCAUGGUCCACGCGCGGAGCCUGGAUGCUGGCUCACCCCUGCCCGUGGUCAGGCGCACACAGCAGGCCAUGGAUGGGUUGCUGCAAGGCCUUGUGAAGCCCCUGCUGGACCUCCUCCGCAAGCCCUGGCCCUCAGCGCCUGAGCUCUGGCAGCAGAAGGUCGGCGACUCUGCCCUUCUGCUCGCCCACACCUGGGCCCAGGUGGACACUGUGCUGCGCUUGAGCUGCAGCCCGUACCGCUCUGAGCCCGGGGCCCUGGCGGGCGCCGCCCCAGAGCCCUCGGGCCCCCUUCCGCUGCUCCCAGGCGUGGAGGCCAAGCAUUGGGAGGAGAUAGAGGAGUUCACGGUUCAGUCCAACUCCCUCGGUCGGUACUGCUUGGAGCAGCUCCACCUUCAGAGAAUGAAGAACACCUUACUGCAAGCCAGUUUCCAGUCUGAAGAAGCCCUCUGUGCUCUGAGGCGUGAUGCUGCCUACAUCCUGGGCUCUGGGAAAGCAAGUAUGAUCCGGGGGACAUCAGCUUCCUGGGACGGCCAGGUCGGGACAGUGAGUGCGCUCACCUACCCCAUCGCCCACUGGCACUUGGUCAUGUCCAAUCUCAUGAUUUUAACAUCAUAUCUUGGUCCAGAUGACCUGCAGUACCUGGCCAGCAUCCUGCUGAGAACUUUGCCAGUGAGCAAAGCCCAGGAAGGCUCAGCGGAGGAGGAACCAGAUAUCACACUCGGAAAGAUCUCCCAGGCCGUCCUCCACAGCCCUCUCUUCCCCGAGAUGCAGUCCCUCCACUCCGCGUUCUUCCUGGGCUUGACCGCGCGCUGCGGCAGCAUCUUGUGUGCCGCUGCCCGGAGGCAGCCGGCUCUUCUCCGCCAACAGCUGCCCUGGCUCUUUGAAGAGGAUUACAUGGUCAUGGCUCACUGGGAAAGCAGAUUCGCCAAAGUUGGAUCUGAAGGUGUAGAGCCAAGAGGAGAAAUUGCCCAGAACGUACUCUCGUUGGUCAGGGGUGACUCCCCCGUUCAGCUGGAGGGGGAGCAGUUGGAGAGCACCCUGCAGCUUUUGGGGGUUCUUUCUGCUCUACAGCUGGACAGCCUCCUGGCACCCUGCCACGUGCGCUGUUUCCUUCUGUUACUGUGUAUGGCCGUCUCCUCGCCGGGCAGCUCUUGUUCCUCCUCCCUGACCCUCAGGUUUCUGAGGACGUGCUACCAGCUUCUCGGUUGCCUGCAGAGAGGCAAGAGUGCCCAGGCAGUGCUCAGGGUCAUGUAUGUUAGCGAUAUCUUUGAGAUCACACUGACCUCCUUGUUCAGAGCCAGCAAGAGGUUUCUUGUGAGUGUGGAUGACCCCUCUUGGCUGGAAUUCCUCCAGGUGGUGGGAACGUUCUUAGAACAGCUCCUGCAGAUGCUCAUCCAGAGAAAGCUCAGCCUGGGGCUCAAUUUUGGGAAAAUCCUUGCAUUCCUCUCAGGGCACCAACUGCACAGUGAAGUGACUUCAGGCAAACGGUCAGGAAAUCAGACUCCUCUGGGCCAGCAGCUCGUGCUGGUGUCCUUAACCAAGGUGUGCCAAGUGCUGGGGCCUUUAGUCAAGGAGCAGAAGCAGCAGGACGAGGCCCCGGAAGUGCUGCCCAAGCUGUUGGAGGAGGCGGUGCUGCAGGCGGGGGCCCUGCUCCAGCACUGCGUGGCCCCUGGGGCUCCGGGCCGCCUCCCGCCCGCUGUCAUCUCGUCCGUGGGCUCGCUCUUGGAGGCCCAUGUGGCCCUGCACUCCAGGCACAGUCGGACAGAUGUUUCCAAAGAGACAGACAAAGGGCUGUCCGCUUACACUGCCCUCUACCAGACCAUCUAUGCUCAGGUCCUGUUGGAGUUGCCAGCUCUGGUGGGAGAUCCCCCAUCUUUCCAGGCAGCUGUGCAGUUUUUAACUCUGUUCAUUUUGGUCCCAGAGCUACACCCUCAGAAGGAUUCUGUGUGUACCUCCGUGUUUCAUUCUGUGAGAAAAGUCCUUGCAGAUCCUGCGAUUCCGGCUCAGGUAGUUGAGGAGAUUGAGCCUCACCUGGGAGCCUUGUUCACCCAAAUGUUAGAGGCUGGGACGACAGAGGACUUCCGCAUGUGGCUGCAGUGUAUCCUCCAGGGACUGGAUGUCAGUAACCUGUGGAGAGCAGAUCUGCAGGCUGUGUUGUCGGCUGCGACAUUGGUUAAGUUACUCCUGACCUGUCCAUGCAGUGACGAGAAGGCCCGUUUAUUCUGGCACGCGUGCCCGCAGAUGGUCACGGCUCUGACGCUGCAGACCCGAGAGGCUUGUCAGGAGCAGCCCUCGGCCCUGGCUCUGGUGGGGCCUGUCUUGGAAGUCCUGGCUGCGCUGCUGCGGCAGGGGGAAGGGACCAUCAGCAACCCGCACCACGUCAGCCUGGCCUUCAGCGUCCUGCUGACCGUGCCCUUGGACCACCUGAAGCCCAUUGAGUACGGGCGUAUCUUCUCGAGGGCACACAACGUGCUCUUUUCAAUCCUGCAGUGUCACCCAAAGGUAAUGCUGAAAACUAUCCCUUCUUUCCUGAACUGUUUUCAUAGAUUGGUGUGUUCAGUUAUACAUGAAGGACGGCAGAAAGAUAAAGGAAGUGCAGAGGACCUGCCGGUGGUGCUGGAGUGUGCCCGCCUCCUGGAGCGGAUGUACAGCCACGUGGCGGCGCGCGCCGAGGAGUUCCGGGUGUUCUCCCCCUUCAUGGUGGCCCAGUAUGUGGUGGAAGCACAGAAGGCUGGAUGGCAGGGGUAGCUCGCCUUCCCCUCGAGUUCUGGAGGCAGGUGCCGUCGGUGAAGGUGUGUCAGUGAUUGGGGCUGAUGACAGCGAGACAGCCUCGGUCAGGGAGAGGCAGCUGCUGCUGAAGACCUUGUUCCUUCCAUGCAGUGCUGUGUUACCCUGGGUGUGUGUCAGGGAAGUUAUGGUCACUUUUAUCUUCUCUUUUACCCAUAGAUCAGAUAUACAGUUUUCCCUCUUUAUUGAUAGCUUUGGGUAAAUUGUUUGCACUACUCACCUGGCCUAGGGUCCUUUUAAAAGUUACCUAGAAGUGUUUUCAUUCAUUGGCCAGUGUUGUAGAAACUGGCUUCCCCCGCCUUGUUUUCUAAAUAAGUUGUCUAACGUGAAGAUGUGCAGUGCUUGUGUUGUCCUGAUCCUACUGCCUUCCUGUUCCCGCACCCGACCCCACCCCAUGCUCUGGGCUUUGCCUUCACCAGGAGACGCCAGGUAAAAGGAUUGCGACAUCUGAACUCCAGCACUCGGUUCAGAUAUCUGUUCUGCCCCUGGGGAAAUAACUGUGCCUCUUCUUGCCUUUGGAAGGGGGAUUAUUUGUUUAGUGAGUGAUGUGAAUGAGUGAGCAAGUUCUCACCCCAGCUAGUGAGGCUAAGGACUUCUGUUUUUAGUUUGUUUCAUUUUUUCUUUCCUUCUGUAAUACCUUAGUAUGGAAUCACAGACCAGUCAUUCCUCCUGCUGUCCUUGAAUGUUCUUAUCAUCUAUAAAACAAUAAAAUUUAAUUAAGGUGAUCAUCUGUCAAAUGCUUUUUGAGCGAUCAUGUGAAAAUAACCAUAACUGUGAAGAAUAGCAUCAUUAGUGGUAGAAACAAAUCGCCUCUUUAGGACUAUGCCUCCCAGAGGUUACCUUGGUGAAUCAUGCUGCUUCUAGUUAAUAAACUGUAUCCUUGCUAGAAGCUGCAUGUUUGCAGAGAGGCCUGAGCUGCUAGGUCAUCAGGACACUAAUAAAGAACCAGCCACCCCCCAGGCUUGUCGGCCCGAACCUUCCUGCUGCUUCUGGUUGCAGCUGCUGCGGUGUGCAGACUCUGUGCUGCCCAGGUCCCGCUGGAGCCUGCGAGGCCCUGGCAGGGUGAGCAGUGCCUGCUGUCUUAGCCUUUUUGUCCAGAUACCAGUCUGAAUCUCUGAUCUGAGAGUUUGUGCCAGUAGCAGAUGUGGUCAUCUGCUAAUCUGCUAGUCCAGAUCUGAACUGCCCACUUCUCCUGCUGUGGCUCAGAUUUUGGUUAACCCAGAUUCUUUAAAUGGUAAUUAGAAAUCACAUCUGAUGCUGGGCCCUGUGACGAGAUCUAUCAGGGAUCUGCUUGGAGAAUGCUGCCCGCCUGCCCUGCUCUGGGGAAGGUGGUGACUUUGCUGCCCUCAUCCCACAGGUAGGAUAGCUUCCAGUGAGACUGGCCACAUGGAAGAAUGUGACCCGUAAGGUGACUGUUACUAUACGAUUUUUAAAUCUAAAGCUUCCAGUUUUUAAACACCCCUGGUAAGCACAGAAGCAUCAUUUACUGAAUAGCAAAGCCACCUCUGUGCUUUCAUGAUGUUUUACUCCAGGUUUUUGUUGGCUUGAGUUGACCUCUAUUUCCUCCAAAUAAAAACUUUUAAUAUUCAAUUAAGUUACGUGCAAAAUGACAUUUUAUUUGUUUAUUUAUUUAUUUUUUAAAUGACGUUUUAAAAGGAGCAUCUUUUCUCAAAUUGGCAGCCAAAGUUGGACUCCCUCAUCAGGUAUUCUAGGGCCUGGCAUCUGCCUGUUCACUCUCACAGAUAAAUGUAUCCCCUCA